AAGGACGAGGUGGCGGGGGGAGGCGGAGAGGAGGAGGAGGCGGAGGAGAGAGGGCGCGUGGGGGGGCGGGGGGGACCUCGGCCUGCAGCAUCCGCCGGCCCGCACCUCAGACCCCCCCCCGGAGGGGGGAGGCGCAGGAAGGGGGGCCCGGCCAGGCUCGGGCUGGGGAGGGGGGGCCGCGCAGCCCCCCCGGCCAUGCUGACUCCCGGGGCCUGACCCCCCCGCCCCGGGCCAGCCCCCCCUCCCCCAGCGCCGCGGCCCGCCGACUGGGGGGGCCCAGCCCAGCCCCCUGGGGACCCCCGGAGAGGUGGGGGGCAGCCGGGGGGGCCGGAACGGAGCGGUCGCCGGCCCCCACCGGAGGGACGGGGCGACCGGCCGCAGGGGGGGCGGCCGGGGGACCGGUCGGGCCGGGACCAAGGGCACCAUGUCGUCCGGGGCCAAGGAGGGGGGCGGGGGCUCCCCUGCCUACCACCUCCCCCACCCACACCCACACCCACCCCAGCACGCCCAAUAUGUGGGCCCCUAUCGGCUGGAGAAGACGCUGGGCAAAGGACAGACAGGGCUGGUCAAACUUGGGGUCCACUGCAUCACUGGUCAGAAGGUCGCCAUCAAGAUCGUGAACCGGGAGAAGCUGUCGGAGUCGGUGCUGAUGAAGGUGGAGCGGGAGAUCGCCAUCCUGAAACUCAUCGAACACCCGCACGUUCUCAAGCUGCACGACGUCUACGAGAACAAGAAAUAUUUGUACCUGGUCCUGGAGCACGUCUCUGGAGGUGAGCUCUUCGACUACCUGGUGAAGAAGGGGAGACUGACACCCAAGGAGGCCCGGAAGUUCUUCCGACAGAUCGUGUCAGCUCUGGACUUCUGCCACAGCUACUCCAUCUGCCACAGAGACCUGAAGCCCGAGAACCUGCUCCUGGAUGAGAAGAACAACAUCCGCAUUGCCGACUUCGGCAUGGCGUCCCUGCAGGUGGGGGACAGCCUCCUGGAGACGAGCUGCGGGUCGCCCCAUUAUGCGUGCCCAGAGGUGAUCAAGGGCGAGAAGUACGACGGGCGCCGGGCAGACAUGUGGAGCUGUGGGGUCAUCCUCUUCGCCCUGCUCGUGGGGGCGCUGCCCUUCGACGACGACAACCUGCGGCAGCUGCUGGAGAAGGUGAAGCGCGGCGUGUUCCACAUGCCGCACUUCAUCCCGCCCGACUGCCAGAGCCUGCUGCGCGGCAUGAUCGAGGUGGAGCCCGAGAAGAGGCUCAGCCUGGAGCAAAUUCAGAAACAUCCGUGGUACCUGGGCGGGAAACACGAGCCGGACCCGUGCCUGGAGCCAGCCCCCGGCCGCCGGGUGGCCAUGCGGAGUCUGCCGUCCAACGGGGAGCUGGACCCGGACGUGCUGGAGAGCAUGGCGUCGCUGGGCUGCUUCCGGGACCGCGAGCGGCUGCACCGCGAGCUGCGCAGCGAGGAAAAGAUGAUCUAUUACCUGCUUUUGGACCGGAAGGAGCGGUAUCCCAGCUGCGAGGACCAGGAUCUGCCUCCCCGGAACGAUAUUGACCCGCCCCGGAAGCGCGUG